CACUUCUUUCCUAUCAAAUAUUUGACGACAUUCUAAUAUCAUAUUUAUACCAACAAGUUCGCGUAACCACAAUAUUCAGCACAUUCUGUAAACUUUAUAUAAAGCAUCAUGUACGCUCCUUCAGCAUCUACACUGGAAGCAAAAGUCGUUAUACUAGGCAGCACAGGAGUUGGAAAGACAUCUAUGGUUGUUCGAUAUGUCCAGAGGACAUUUUCACCGAAUGGUACCUCCACCAUUGGAGCUUCGUUUAUGACCAAAAAGCUAUCAGUAGACAAUUGCAAAGUUCGACUACAAAUCUGGGAUACCGCUGGUCAAGAACGAUUCAGGGCCAUGGCUCCAAUGUAUUAUCGUGGCGCACACGCUGCCAUUUUGGUGUAUGAUAUCACAUCAGAAGAGAGUUUUCAAGAUAUGAGCUCAUGGGUGGAAGAACUUAAAAAGAAUAUGACAGAAGACUUGGUAAUCCAUGUUGUAGGAAACAAAUUGGAUUUAGCUAGUACACAUCGAGCGGUGCCAUUGCGCCGAACGCAAGAAUACGUGGCAAGGACUCUGGGAUCCGAUUGCCAUACCCACGAAGUUUCAGCAAAGGAGGACGAUGGUGCAAUUGAAGAACUGUUUCUACAAAUUACGCAAACACUGGUUGGACGUAAAUUUGACACAGAAAGACAGCGAUACCUUAAACAAACAAAUCCUGUAAUGAUACAAGAAACGCCAGCUCAGAGUUCGUCAUGCUGUGGCGUGUGAUAAAAUUCUAUCCAGAUGAACUAUUCUGUUGCAUAGCUAACUGUUUUUGCAAGACUUUUUUUUUGUCUUCUUUGAUGGGAGAGAGAUCUUUUGAUGGAUUUCAACAUUUUUUUGCUUUUAAAACAGCCCUUCUUUUUAUGAUAUAACCAACUUGUAACCCAAUCAAACAAUACCUUGGAGCUUUAUCAGAACCAUGCCAACUGAAUCUUUUGUUUUAUCAAAGCCCACUUCGAGCA